AGAUUGUAUCCAUCGGUAAGAAGAAAAAGCCCCUUGCGGAGCAACGAAGGUGAACCUGCUUAAUGUAGUGUUUAAUAGCCAAGAAAAAGCUUUUUUAUGCGUCACUAAGGUGCUUCGGUCAUUGUGGAACAGACUCUCAAACAGACCAUCGGCCUGCUAAAGAUGAUUGUCACGUCCAGGCUCGAGGACCGUGUGAUUGAAGAAGUGCCUGCUCACAUAUUUUACAGAAAUCGCUGUCAGCUUUUUGGAAAUAAAAUUGCGGUGAUUGAACAUAGAACGGGUCGUACGUUGACGUUCAAUGAUGUACUUCAUGAAGUUGAGCGGCUGGCUGGAGCUUUUCAAGAGCUUGGAAUGUCCGCGAGAGAUCGCGUGGCGCUCCACGGCAACAACUCCAUAGACAUUUUUCUAGCGUAUCUCGCGGUACAUUUCAUCAAUGCAACAAUUGUCGCAUGCAAAACCACCCUUGUAGUCCGAGAAAUGGUAUAUCAAUGUGCAACUGCAAAUGUGAAGUUUAUCAUUGCGGACGACGCGGCAUACGAGGUGACUUUAAAGAGUCUUGACCAGCUUCCAGAAGUUAAGACUGUCAUUCUGGCGAAUAUGGAAAGCCCACCGGCGUCACAUCCAGAACUCAUGACGGUGACACAGCUUUUACUCACCAGCACUCACCCGUUUAGCCCUCCUAAAGACGUCUGUCCACGUGAAGAUGAGAUUCUUAUCACAUUUACCUCGGGUACGACAGGCUUACCUAAAGGAGUGUUGCACACGCACUUUACCCACCAGUCGCAACUUAUCUGCUCGAGCGAGGAAGGUACGCAAGUUUUACGCGGCUCCGGUACGAUUCUCCAGUGGUGUCCGAUAAGCCAUGUGUCUGGCUCGAUUUUUUUCCCGCUGGCAAUCUACAUCGGCGCCACCUCCGUUGUUGCGAACACGAAUCAGGAUCUUGAGAAUUUCGUCAACAUAUGCGAAACAUACAGGGUUACGGAGUUGAUGGUAUUUCCGGUCAUCCUCCAGAGACUGAUUGAAAUAUUACGGCAAGCUCCGGGGGCGUGUCGUUCAGUAAAGCACGUCGUAGUAGGAGGCAGUACUAUUUUUGUUUCGUGGUCAGAAGCUCUGAUCGGUUUACUUGAACUUCAAAGCUACCGAAUCUUGUAUGGUAUGAGUGAAUGUUUUAUCGUCACGAUAACCGAGGAUAACAAGUGCACAACCCAGUCAGUUGGGAGACCAUAUCCAAAUACGCGCAUGAAGGUCAUCGAUACGAAAAACGGCAGUAUGCUCAAUCCCUACGAAAAGGGCGAGUUAGCGGUCAAGAGUGAUUUUAUUAUGAAGUCAUACGACAAGAGACCCGAUGCUACGUCUGAAGCCAUUACCAAGGAAGGCUGGCUGCUUACAGGUGAUUACGGAUAUAUGGAUAAAGAAGGUAAAUUUUAUAUAUGCGAACGCCUAAAACAGAUGAUCAAGUGUCUAGACAACCAGCUGUCUCCUGCCGAGUUAGAGGACCUAUUACUUCAGAACGUGGCAGUAAAAGAGGCCAUCGUCAUUGGACUCCCGGACAAGAAGUACGGCGAGGCGCCGACCGCCUACAUUGUCCUUAAUAAGGGACAUUCGCCAAGCGAUGAACUCAAACAAGAACUUCUCGAUAUGGUUAAACGAGAAUUUGCUUACUACAAGCAUCUGUACGGUGGAGUCUUUUUCGUGGAUGAACUUCCGAAAACUGACAACGGAAAAUUCGCUCGCGUUGAACUCAGAAGUCUCGUCACAGCUGGUCAAAUUAGUAUAAUCAAUCAGACAGCCUGAUAAUAACGACUGAUAUUCUUAAAAGAAAGAAAAAAAAA